AGUACAACAAUGUCGUGUUGCAAUGACUUCUCCUACUCCAACGCUGGAAUCUAUAGGCAAGCGAUGGAGGAUAUCAUGUUUACCCCGAACAAAGAUAAAAAGAAGUCAGCCUUUCAUGAUGAAACUUUAAAUAGCCUCCGAAAAGUGAGCAGAUUGGUGCAGAAGUUUGAAAGUGGCGGAACUGACGAUGAGACUGUUGAUGAGACCGAAAAAGAAGAGCAAGGAGAAGAUGUGUGCGAUGGUCCUGUGUUCAGGAAGGAGUCUUUUCUGAAACAGAGCCAAAAUGAAGAAGAAGAAGAAAAGGCAGAUGUUCAAGAAAAUUUUGACGAGCAGGAGAAUGCUAAAAAUGAAAACGACGAGGUGUUCUAUGAAAACGAGAACGAAGCAAAGGAACUAGUCGAGACCCCCAUUCUCCGAUCUUUGUCCCGCCAAUUUUCUGGCCUAACGAUUAUCAAGUCUCACAUCAAAAAAGACAAUCUCGAUGUGGAGAGUAGAUCUCCAGCUCGUCGUGAGACGAGAAUCAUGUCAAGAAGAAAACAAGAAUCGUCAGUGUCGUCAUGCUCAUCGGAGAGCUCUCAUUGCUCCGCUUCAUCGUCUCUCAGUAAGACGGAAAAACCAGAACCUGAGAAUAGCAACUUCGUAAACGAACUGUACUACUGCAAAUUGGCGAGAUCUCAAGUUCACCACAAGUUUGAAGCAUACUUCAAGUGGAAAUCAGAGACACUCCGAUCAAUUGCGGCAUCGGUUUCACAGAUGCGCUUGGACACAUUGAAUUCGAUCAUUGCACCACACGAUGAACGCGUAAAUGUUCUCAAGACAAUCUAUGAAAAUUGCAAGAAGGGAGUAAACAAAGAAAUGGAUGCACUGUGCUGUGCUCUUUUUGAUCUUCUUGAUGAUGUCGAUGAGAAGUCAUUAUCGAUUCACGAGGAAUACGUUGCUGCCAAGUACCAUAAAAAGUUGCAAAGUCAAAACUGUUAGUGGAUAUUUUGACAUAGUCUUUUUUAAUCUUUAGCUAUUCCACCGCCUACUUCUUGUCAAAUUUCUGAAGUUUUAAUGUCUACCUGAAUCUCGUUGUUUCACAUUGUUUUUUUGUUUUCCUUUUGAUCCUUCAAUAUUUUCUUUUUUUUUUCGUUUUAAAACAUGUUUUGAAUUGCCAAUUCAUGGUAAAGUUUUAAUAAACAAUCAUAGUCAGU